CAGCCUGCCCGCCCGGGGAAACGCAGUCACGUGACUGAAGACUGUCCGCCAAGAUGGCUGCCUCUUAUGUGGUAACGCUGGCGUUGUCCAUAUACUUUCCGCUGCUGCUGCUGAUCGCCUGGAAGCGCUGGCGGCGGGGGCGUUCGCCCCGGCACGUAGUCGUCGUGGUGCUGGGCGAUGUGGGCCGCAGCCCCCGAAUGCAGUACCACGCACUGGCAUUGGCUCGGCGUGGCUUCUCCGUGACCCUUCUUGGAUUCUGCAACUCCAAACCCCACCAUGAGCUUUUGCAGAAUGACAGAAUUCGGAUUGUGCCUUUGACAGAACUUCAGAGAUUUGCAGUUGGGCCGAGCAUUCUUCAGUACGGAAUCAAAGUUGUCUUUCAGGCGGUGCACUUGCUGUGGAAGUUGAUGUGCAGGGAGCCAGCAACCUACAUCUUUCUCCAGAACCCCCCGGGCCUGCCUGCUAUUGCUGUCUGCUGGUUUGUGGGCUGCCUCUGUGGGAGCAAGCUCGUCAUUGACUGGCACAACUAUGGCUACUCCGUUAUGGGUCUGGUGCAUGGCCCCAACCACUACAUUGUUCUGCUGGCCAAGUGGUAUGAGAAGCUUUGUGGACGCCUCUCCCACCUGAACCUGUGUGUGACCAAUGAGAUGCGGGAAGACCUGGCAGAGAAUUGGGGCAUCAAAGCUGUGACCGUCUACGACAAGCCAGCGUCUUUCUUUAAAGAGACGCCCUUGGACCUGCAGCACCGGCUCUUUAUGAAGUUGGGCCGCACCUACUCUGCAUUCAGGGCCAGCUCAGAGCCCUUGGACCCAGCCACUGAGAGGUCAACCUUCACGGAGCAGGAUGCUGGAAGCGGGAUGGUGACACGUCUUCAUGGGCGGCCAGCUCUGUUGGUCAGCAGCACUAGCUGGACAGAGGAUGAGGAUUUCUCCAUCUUGCUGGCAGCAUUAGAAAAGUUUGAACAGCUAAUCCUGAAUGGAGAAAGUUUUCCUUCUCUGGUCUGUGUGAUAACAGGCAAAGGGCCUCUGAAGGAGCACUAUAGCCGCCUCAUUGACCAGAAGCGUUUCCAGCACAUCCAGGUCUGUACCCCAUGGCUGGAGGCUGAGGAUUACCCGCUGCUUCUAGGGUCAGCAGACCUGGGUGUCUGCCUGCACAAGUCCUCCAGUGGCCUGGACCUGCCCAUGAAGGUGGUGGACAUGUUUGGAUGCUGCCUGCCCGUGUGCGCUGUGAACUUCCGGUGCUUACACGAGCUUGUGAAACAUGAGGAAAAUGGCCUGGUUUUCAAGGACUCAGAGGAACUGGCAGCUCAGCUGCAGAUGCUUUUGUCAAAGUUUCCUGAUCCUUCUGGCAAACUGAACCAGUUCCGGAAGAACCUCCAGGAGUCUGAGCAGCUUUGUUGGGAUGAGAACUGGAAACAGAAUGUUCUCCCUUUGCUUAUGGACACAUGACUCCUUGGCCCAAAGACUGAACGCCCCUGAGCAUGUCCUGGUGCUGAAUGUCGUGAAAGGGGAGACCCUGAUGCUGAUGCCAACCCCUCUCUGCUCUCCUGUGCUUCUUACCAUAAACCUGACUCACUUCCCUCCUCCAGACUCUCAGCUGCUGCCCAGUCCCUGGGCAGACUAUUUGGAGCAGCACCUCCCAGUGGACAAUAGUUGAAAGGACAGCACACUAUGCCCGUGGAAUGAAAUUAUUUAUUUCUCCACUUUCCUUUAACUUCAUGUAAGAGGCAAAUCCUGUAAGUUUUACAUUUUUUGGUCAGUAAAAAAUCCUAUGGUCAUUUCUAA